AAAUAAAGUCACGAAGACACCAUCUUCUUCCUCACAGAAAAUCAAUGCCCCAUGGAAUAAAAAAUUAAUUUCACUAUUCUCAGCACAUUCUCUUAUGCAGCUAGGUUCUUCAAUGGAGGUCAUCACUCUCCCAAAACCCUAGAAAAUUGAAAGAAAAAAAAAAUUAAAGGAAGAAAAACACCGAUUAAAAGUUCAGCUUUUUGAAGUUUCCGACAAAGUUCAUUCCUGGUUGUUUCUUUUCAUCAAUACUCUUCCUUUAUUACUCAAAUUUCAGUCCCAUUUAUCGAAUUUGGAUACCCAUUUUCCUCAAAAUCAUAUUUCGAUCGAUGUUCUGCAUCCCUUUUCUAUUUUUGAAAAUUUAAACAUAUUCAGAGCUUGUAUUUCUUAAUAAGAUUAGGAAAGGCGUUAUUUUUUGUUCAGAAGGAUCACAUUAUUUAUUUGUUGUGAGAAAAAUUGUUACUUUUUAUAUUUUCCUGCUACUAUUGCAAAUUAGUGAUUAAUGUAAAGGUAUUUUAUUUUGGGGUUGGGAAUCUAUUGUUGUUUAAUGGAGAGCAGUGAAGGAGGGGAUGAUCAAGAAGGCUCUGGUUGGAUGCAAGUUAAAAAGAAGCACAGACACAGUUCAAAGUUUUCACUACAUGGUUGGGUUGGAGGAUCAUCUCAAGGAACUGCUUCUUGCAAUCCAGAAAAUCAGCCUUCAUUGGGUGUAAAAAGUGAAAAUCUUAAAUCUGUCGUUCAGCAUUCAAAAGGAAGUGGACGUUGCAUUAGACAUGAUGAUGUUACUUCAAUUAAGAAGGAAGAUGCAGUGAUUGUGCACGAUAAAUGUGUGGUCAGUCACAGUAGUAAUUCUGUUAGUUUAGGUUUCCCAACAGAUUCCAAUCAAGGAGUCAGUCAGGAACAUCCUCAAAUAAUUAACCAUGACAUCAUAUCAAAAAUCAAGUGGGGUGACUUGGAUGAUCGAGCUCUAACAUCUCAUUUUGGAACUACUGUCCAAGCAGAAAUUAAGUUCGGUGACAUCCAAAAUCAUGAUCUGCUUAGUACAAAAGCUGAUCAAACAAGUGAUCCGUUUGUACACACUUCUCCAACUGAUCUAGAGAAAAAUAGAUUGGUUACUGAGGAAAGCCAUCAAGUUGUCAGCUCGAAUCCUUUGUCUCCCAAGAGUGAAGCUGUUGAUAAAAAUUGUGUGAAGUUGAAGGAUUUAUCUUCAGAAGAUGUUAAUGCUUCUGCUGCUUCUCCUCUUUCUGGAGGGCAAUGUGGACAUACCCAGCUUGAAAAAGGUGACACUUGCAACAGUCCUGGCGAAAAGCUUAACACUGCUGCCAGAGAAGGGCCUAGUGGGGUAACUGUGCACAGUGUCGAAUCUGAAGAAGCUUGCACGGAAAUCUCUGAAGUGCCUAGUGUUCAUCAGAAUAUAAAAACAGUGGUCGCUUCAGAGGAUUCUGAGCCAGUGCCACCUGAUAAAGGAGGAUCGGGAAACAUUGGGCAGCCUUACCUGGCAUCUCCUAGUGAAGAGUUUAGGAGCAAACGAGUUGAUUCAAUCAUUGAGGAUUUAUCAAACUCUAACUUGAGCACUAUUGAUGCAGAAGGCAUUGGUGAAAGUAAAGAAAGGUUCAGGCAACGCCUCUGGUGCUUUCUCUUUGAGAAUCUUAAUCGAGCAGUAGAUGAACUCUACCUACUCUGUGAACUGGAAUGUGACCUGGAGCAAACACAAGAGUCUAUUCUUGUUCUUGAAGAAGCUGCAUCUGAUUUUAAAGAACUGAGUUCAAGAGUGGCGGAAUUUGAGAGACUGAAAAAAUCCAGUUCUCAUGCGACUGAUGGAACACCUCUGACCAUGAAGUCUAACCAUCGCAGACCACAUGCUCUCUCAUGGGAGGUCCGCCGGAUGACAACUUCACCACACAGGGCAGAAAUACUGGCUUCAUCUCUUGAGGCUUUUCGAAAAAUUCAACAUGAAAGAGCUAGUUUGUCAGCUACAGGGAUGGAGAAAAUGGCAUCUAAUUGUUAUGAUCAUCAUUGUGGAAGUUCUAGUGUUGCGGAGACAUAUAAUGAGAAAGGUGACAAAAAAAGCAGUUCAAGUGAAUCAUUAGAGAAAAGUAGGAAGCAGAGUAAUGCAUCUAAUUCUUCUCUGGGUAAUUUGAGUAGAGAGAAGAGGCACGUUGAUUCGGGAAAGUCUGCUUCUCAUGCAUCUAGAUUACCUCCUAAGGAGGGGGUUUCCUCAUCUGUCGGUGGAAAGAACAAGAGAGACAAUGAGAAAAAUCUUAAGCCAAUAGAUCACUUGAAGAGGCAUUCUGAAAGAGACAAGGAAAAGCGAAAUGGAAGCUCCUGGAGAUCCAUGGAUGCUUGGAAGGAGAAGAGAAGCUGGGAAGAUGUACUCUCCACUCCAUACCGAGCUUCAUCUCGUUUCUCGCAUUCACCUGGCAUGAGUAGGAAAAGUGCAGAGCGUGCACGCAUUUUGCACGACAAACUCAUGUCUCCUGAGAAAAAGAAGAAGUCAGCUAUUGACUUAAAAAAAGAAGCGGAAGAAAAGCAUGCACGUGCAAUGAGAAUUAGAAGUGAGCUUGAAAAUGAGAGAGUUCAAAAGCUUCAACGAACAUCUGAGAAGCUGAACCGUGUAAAUGAAUGGCAAUCCGUGCGUAGUAUGAAAUUGCGAGAGGUGAUGCAUGCUCGGCACCAGCGCAGUGAAUCCCGACAUGAAGCUUACCUAGCUGAAGUUGUGAGAAGGGCGGGCGAUGAAAGCAUAAAAGUAAAUGAAGUUCGAUUCAUUACUUCACUCAAUGAAGGGAACAAAAAGCUCAUCUUGCGGCAGAAACUGCAUGAUUCUGAGUUGAGGAGGGCUGAGAAGCUUCAAGUGCUAAAAACUAAACAGAAAGAAGAUAUGGCAAGGGAAGAAGCUGUUUUGGAACGCAAGAAACUAAUUGAAGCAGAAAAGUUGCAGCGCCUUGCAGAGACACAGAGGAAAAAGGAAGAGGCACAGGUAAGAAGGGAAGAGGAGCGUAAAGCAUCAAGUGCUGCACGCGAAGCAAAGGCUAUGGAACAGAUGCGGAGAAAGGAGUUUCGAGCCAAAGCUCAACAGGAGGAAGCUGAACUCCUGGCCCAGAAGUUAGCUGAAAGACUCAGAGAAAGUGAACAGCGUCGUAAAAUUUAUCUGGAGCAAAUACGGGAAAGAGCUUCAAUGGACUUCAGAGAUCAGUCUUCGCCAUUAUUCCGUCGUUCCGUGGCUAAGGAGGGGCAAGGUAGAUCUACGCCAAUCAGUAACUGUGAAGAUAAUAACGAAAAUAGUGGUGUUGCUCCUGAAGGCUCUACGCUUGCUACUGGCCACAUGGCUACCCAACAUUCAUUAAAACGAAGGAUUAAAAGAAUUCGCCAACGACUUAUGGCAUUGAAAUAUGAUUUUCCUGAGCCUUCAAUUGGCGGUACUGAAAAUGCAGGUUUUGUGUAUAGAACUGCAGUGGCAAAUGCGAGGGCGAAGAUUGCGAAGUGGCUCCAAGAACUUCAAAGACUACGUCAAGCAAGAAAAGAAGGGGCUGCAAGCUUUGGACUAAUAACAGCUGAAAUAAUUAAGUAUUUGGAGGGAAGGGAUGCUGAGCUGCAGGCUUCUCGUCAAGCUGGUCUGGUUGAUUUUAUUGCUUCUGCACUUCCCGCAUCUCACACAUCAAAGCCAGAAAGCUGCCACGUGACAUUGUACCUUCUAAGGCUUCUGAAGGUUGUACUUUCAGCUGCUGCAAACAAGGGUUAUUUUCUUGCUCAGAAUCUACUGCCCCCUAUAAUCCCCAUGUUGGCGGCAGCUCUUGAAAACUACAUCAAAAUUGCAGCCUCAUCAAAUGGCUCUGCUUCUGCCAACCUGGUUACCUGUAAGACAUCAACUGACAGGUUGGAGUUAAUCUCUGAAAUUCUGGAUGGUUUCCUUUGGACUGCUGCAGCAAUCAUUGGUCAUGCAAGUUCGGAUGAGCGUGCCCUUCAACUGCAAGAUGGUUUGAUUGAGCUUGUAAUUGCUUACCAAGUUAUUCACCGGUUACGGGAUCUUUUUGCACUUUAUGAUAGACCACCUGUAGAAGGUUCACCUUUCCCUUCAUCAAUCCUCCUUGGCGUAAAUCUGUUGGCAGUUCUUACAUCAAGAUUCAGAAAUGUGUCUUCAAUAACAUGUAAAAACUUUCCUACUGUAUCAACUCGAAUUAAUGAAAACAGCGACAUCGAACUUGCUGAAGCUGCAGACUUGAAGUCUUCUUCUCCUUUAUGCAAUUCCCAGAAUGAUGGUAAAUUGGUAUUUCCCGCAGUAAAUGGAGGUGUAGCUUCGUCUUUGCCGGAUGUACCAGAGGAUAGGCCCCUGGAUGAAUUUUCUAAAAUAAAAGAAAAUGAGGGCUCAGUUGUAAUUGAUCAGAACUCUGACAAAGUUGACUUACUUGCUGCUAAUACGGAAACUGCAGAUGUAUUGCAGGAAUCUACAACCAUCGUGACAUAUGAUACCCUUCAAAUGGCCGAGAAGAAAUCUCAAGAUAAUAGUAAAGGUCAUAUCAGUGGAAAUGCAUCGGUGUUGAAGCAGGCUGUAAAGUUUCUUCUUUCUGCCAUAUCUGAGACUGGCUUAGUCUGUCUUCCAUCAAUGUUGACAGCUGUAUUAUUGCAGGCUAACAAUAGAUGUUCUGAACAGGCAUCAUUUGUCCUUCCAUCCAAUUUUGAAGAUGUGGCAACUGGUGUACUAAAAGUGUUGAACAAUUUAGCAUUAAUAGACAUAUCUUUUGUCCAGAAGAUGCUCGCCCGACCAGAUCUGAAGAUGGAAUUCUUUCACUUGAUGAGUUUUCUUCUCUCUCAUUGCACGAGCAAGUGGGGCGGAGCAACUGACCAGAUUGGUUUGCUGCUGCUGGAAUCAUUGUCGCUUCUUAGUUAUUUUUCAUUGUUCCAUCAUGACAACCAAGCUGUUCUUCGAUGGGGAAAGAGCCCUACAAUUCUUCACAAGGUAUGCGACCUGCCUUUUGUGUUCUUUAGCGAUCCUGAGUUAAUGCCAGUCUUGGCGGGGACCAUGGUUGCUUCCUGCUUUGGUUGUGAACAGAAUAAGGAUGUCAUUCAGCAAGAACUCAGCACAGAUAUGCUCCUUGCUUUGCUGAAAGCUUGUAGAAGUAAUCUUCCAUCACCUGAUUCUUUUACAGUACCUAAUAAUCCAUCACUAGAUGAGGCUGGUGCAUCUGCUCAGCUGGUUCCUGAACCUAAAAGCCUUCAAGUUGACGUCCCACUGAGAUCAAAUCGCAACAAUCAACGCAAUGCUAGGGCCCUUUCCCAGAGAGGUGGUCCAUUGCCAACUACUAGAACUGGCAGAAUCCGAAGCUUAAGAGACAAUAAAGUGUUGAAACCUUGUGAAGGCAAGGGUCUGAAGAGCAAUUCAUCUGUGCCUGAGAGUACUGCCGCAUGGAUGUUGCACUCUAGAUUAUCUACUGAUGUACUUGAUAAAGCAGAGCAGUUUUUUGCUGCAGUUAUCUGCAAUGAGAAUGGAGAGUUAUGAAUUUACUUACUGUAUAGUAUAUCCAUUUUUGAGUGCUUAAUGCCAAAUAAGCACGGUAUAUGACACUAAUCUUCUUUUGAGUAUAUCCAUUCUUUUGAGUGCUUAAUGCCAAAUAAGCACGGUAUA